CUUGUUAGGUGUGAUUGGUGAAUGUUGCAUAAGAGAAAACAAGGACACAGCUCUUCUCUGCCUAUUUCUGCUGUGCCUCUGCUGGAGGAAAUUAACUCUUUUUUUUUCUCUCUGUGACACUAUUGGGAGCACUUUUAAAUGCCCUCCGGGGUCCUCAGACCUCGGUUUUGGAAACACAUCGUGAACUAUCAUCAAACUACUCAGCCUCGUUGUUCAACGUGUACUGCUGUAAUCGCUCGUUCAGUCGUCCAUCUGCAGGGGAACAGGUAGUUGGCCGUGUUUCAUUGCUGUACUCUGCCCCACCCACCAGCAGCUCCAGCUCUCCAGUGUAACCCCUGAUUGGCUGAGGGGAUUGCGGGUCCUGAGACUGAGCGCUCGCCUCGGAGCUGCGCGUCCUCCAGUGUGCACCAGUGAAGCGAGAGGAGCGCUUGUUGGAGUCAACUAGACAGUCGACUGGCAGCGAGUGGUGAUUUCUUUUUUUUCCGCCUCAGCCUGGCUGGAUAUUGGCUUCUGUGCUUUCCCUCUGCUGCAGCCUUUAACAUGAAAUGCGUUUUCUAUCUACAGUAGGCUCUCGCAUCGUUUCCUCCCACUGGCUUUUGGCAACAUUUUACAAGGGAUUUUUUUUGCCUUUUUUUGGUGUGUGUGUGUUGCAUGGACUAAUUGCCGGGAUAUGUGCAGCCCUUUUUUCUAAGUGAGAUACGAGGAAAUCAAUUAGUAAGUACAAGCUUCAAGACUUGCGGAGGGGAUGGAAGACUAAACCAGCUGGAAAUAAAAAGGUAAUCGGGACUUAUGUGAUCUGAUGAGAUACCCCUGCAGUUGCAGUCCUGUUCUUUAAGCAAAGAUAUCCGGACUUAAGCUGUUGAAUAAUUUUGUGACUGCAGAUUUUUUUGAUUUUUUUUCAUCAGAUGUGCAGUGUGAGCCUAUAUCUGCCAUCCGAAGAGGACAUUUCAUCACUGCUUGUAAUAAAUCGCCCCCCAAAAAAGGUGUAUAUCCAAAACGCGGCUUAAAUAUUUGCUGGCACGGAGGAGGAGGAGAAUUUAACGCGGACUCUUGAACCCCAUUACUUCAUCUGCAGGGAAGAUUUUUUUCCCCCUUUUUAUUGUGGGCUUGCUCGCAGGAAUUUUAAUGUUGUGCUUAUGCAGUUAGAACAUCCCCACCCCCCCUCAUUUCAUUCGACUUAAAAAUGGACAGUUUUUCGCCUGAUGACAUCUGCACGGAUUUACACGGCUAAAAUCACAGUGGUGAGGAACAUUCAGCAUGUUUUCACAGCUCUGUCGUCCCCACUGUUUCGCCCGCUGCAGCAGACCUGAGGAUGCGCUCUGCCUGAGAAGAGUGAAGUAGGCUGAGGCACUUGUUAGAAUUAUAGCUUCCACAUCAUGAUUUAAUUUGCUUACACGCGACCCCAUUCAUCACCCCCGACACUUUUUCCGGACAUUUCAGUCAGAAGAUGAUUCAUUUGGAACAUUUUUGCUGUUUCCUCUGACGUGCAUUCCUGUGCGUAAUUAUCGAGGUUUUUAAGGCAGAGAAGAAAAAAAAGAAAGAAAGAAAGAAAGAAAAAAAAAAUCAACAGGUACAAUACAAACCAAGGACAUGGAAUUAAUACAAAUCAUUGCUGUGUUCCUCUUAUUUUUGAUCGGGGUUGAGGCCGUCAUCAACCUCAAGUAUGGAAUAAACGAGGAAAUGAAGCCCGGGUCUGUGAUUGGAAACGUGACAAAGGACGCACUAAAGCAAGGAUUCCAGAUCGCACCGCAGCCCCCAUACUUGAGGGUUAUUUCCAACUCAGAGCCACGAUGGGUGGAACUCAGUCCAGCCGGAAUCCUUACAACCCAGAUGAAAAUAGACCGGGAUGUAGUUUGUCGGCAGAACCCAAAGUGUAUUAUUUCCCUAGAAGUGAUGUCAAACUCCAUGGAGAUCUGUGUCAUCAAAGUUGAAAUCGAGGAUUUGAACGAUAACGCACCCAGAUUCCCAACGAGCCACAUUGACAUUGAAAUUUCUGAGAAUGCCUCCCCUGGUACUCGGUUUCCCCUAGAGGGGGCAAGCGAUCCGGACUCGGGGAUCUUUGGAGUGCAGUCGUAUUCUAUCACACCUAAUGAGCUUUUCGGACUAGAAAUAAAGACCAGAGGUGAUGGAUCCAAAAUUGCUGAGCUUGUUGUGCAGAAAUCGUUAGACAGGGAGACACAGUCACACUACACAUAUGAGAUCAGUGCAGAGGACGGAGGAGACCCUCCAAAGAUAGGCGCGGUCCAGUUAAAUAUCAAAGUAAUUGAUUCCAAUGACAACAACCCUGUGUUUGACGAGCCGGUGUAUACAGUGAACGUUAUGGAGAAUUCACCGAUGAACACAUUAGUGAUUGACUUGAACGCAACGGAUCCUGACGAGGGCCCUAAUGGAGAGGUCGUGUACUCGUUUAACAGCUACGUCACCGAGAAAACGAGGGACGCGUUUAAAAUUGACCCCAGAACCGGGAUCAUCACCGUCAACGGCAUUUUGGAUUACGAAGCAACGCAAAUAUAUGAGAUCGACGUGCAGGCCAAAGAUUUAGGUCCCAACUCCAUCCCAGCUCACUGCAAAGUCACAGUGAACGUGAUGGACACGAACGAUAACCCACCUGUCAUCAGUUUGCUCUCACUGAACACGGAGAUGGUGGAAGUGAGUGAAAACGCGCAGCGCGGCUAUGUCAUUGCACUGGUGAGAGUGUCAGAUAAGGAUUCUGGGGCCAAUGGUAAAGUGCAGUGCAGGCUGCAGGGAAAUGUUCCGUUCAGACUGCAAGAAUAUGAGAGCUUCUCCACCAUACUAGUGGACGGGAGGCUGGACAGAGAGCAAAAGGACACAUACAAUCUGACCAUUCAAGCGGAGGACAGUGGCACCCCUCCGUUACGCGCCACAAAAUCCCUCGUAGUCAAAGUCUCGGAUGAAAAUGACAACCCUCCCCACUUCCUCAAGCCACAUUAUCAGGAGAUGGUCAUGGAAAACAAUCUCCCCGGCUCGUGUCUGCUGGCAGUGUCAGCAGAGGACCCGGACCUGGGGAUGAAUGGCACCGUCUCCUACUCCAUAGUCCCCGGUGAGAUUAAGCACAUGGAUGUAAACACAUAUGUCAGCAUAAACCCAUCAGGCCGCAUUUACUCCAUGAGAUCGUUCGACCACGAAUACACCAGGACUUUUGAUUUCAAAGUUUUGGCCAGAGACAAUGGCAACCCCUCGCUGUCAAGUAACGCCACGGUGCGCAUCGUCGUGCUCGACGUCAACGACAACACACCUGUGAUGACAAACCCUCCGCUGGUCAACGGCACCGCGGAGGUGUCUAUCCCCAGGAACGCGGGCGUGGGCUACAUGGUGACACAGGUGAAAGCAGACGACUAUGACGAGGGUGAGAACGGCCGCCUGACCUACACCAUCUCAGAGGGGGACCGGGCUUUCUUUGAAAUCGACCAAGUGAACGGGGAGGUGCGCUCCACCAGGAUGUUUGGAGAAAACGCCAAAUCCACCUAUGAGAUCACGGUGGUGGCGAGGGACCACGGCAAGCCCUCGCUCUCCGCCUCGGCCUACAUCGUGGUGUACCUCUCACCAGACCUGAACGCACAGGAGCCUAUUGGAGCCGUAAACCUGUCUCUCAUCUUCAUCAUUGCCUUGGGCUCCAUCGCAGCCAUCCUCUUCAUCACUAUGAUCUUCGUGGCUGUGAAGUGCAAGCGGGAUAAUAAGGAGAUCAGGACGUACAACUGCAGUUUCUUCUACUUGCGCAGGGUGGCGGAGUACUCAUAUGGCAACCAGAAGAAGUCCAGCAAGAAGAAGAAGCUUAGCAAGAACGACAUCCGACUGGUGCCGCGAGACGUCGAGGAGACAGACAAGAUGAAUGUGGUGAGUUGCUCGUCUCUCACCUCCUCGCUCAACUACUUCGACUACCACCAGCAGAGCCUGCCUCUGGGCUGCAGGCGCUCCGAGAGCACCUUCCUCAACGUGGAGAACCAGAACUCGCGCAAUGCAGCUCCCAACCAUGGCUAUCAGCACCCAUUCACUGGGCAGGGCCACCAACAGCCAGACCUCAUCAUCAACGGCAUGCCACUGCCAGAGACGGAGAAUUAUUCCAUUGACUCCAGUUAUGUGAACAGCAGAGCCCACCUCAUUAAAAGCACGUCGACAUUCAAGGACCUGGAAGGAAACAGUCUGAAGGACAGCGGUCACGAGGAGAGCGACCAGACGGACAGCGAACACGAUGUCCAGAGAGGACACUAUGUUGAUACGGCUGUCAAUGAUGUGCUGAACAUGACUGUCCCCCCCAAUGUUUGCCAGCUGCCAGACCAAGAUCCCAGUGAGGGCUUUCACUGCCAGGAUGAGUGUCGCAUCCUAGGCCACUCCGAUCGCUGUUGGAUGCCUCGCGUCCCGGCGCGGGCCAAGUCACCCGAGCACGGCCGCAAUGUCAUCGCUCUGUCUAUCGAGGCCACCACAGUGGACGUGCCCCACUACGAGGAUGGCACCACCAAGAGGACUUUUGCCACCUUCGGCAAGGACGGGCCUGAGGAUGUUGAGCGGGGAGAAAUAAAAGGAAAGCGGACUCAGGAGUCUCAGGUGUGUAGCCCCAAGGCAAACGGAGGGGCUGUCCGUGAAGCCGGCAACGGGCGCGAGGCGGCCAGCCCCAUCACUUCCCCUGUGCACCUGAAGAGCCCGGUGUCGAAGCCGUCGUCUGCCUACAACACGCUGAAAUGCCGCGACGCGGAGCGAAUCGCCAACCACAGCUUGCUGCGGCAACCGGAGGGGAAGGACAGUGAACCGGCUGUCAGGGAGAUCAACACGCUUCUCCACGACGGCAGAGACAAGGAGUCCCCCAGCAGCAAGCGCCUGAAGGACAUUGUGCUUUAGCGAGCUCCUCUCCGACGGCCAACAUCACACGCACACAUACAGUGUAAAACUCACAUAUAUAUACCCCGCAAUAGCUGUGUGUACACAGACAAAAGUCAGGUCGUGGAAGUAGAGAGACACACCCAUUUGCAGUAUACAAUAUUCGGAAACCAGCCUGGGCUGGUGAUGGGGAACUGUCGUAUACUGCAGCUAGUUGUGUGCUCAAGCCGAGGUAGUGGAUGUGGCUUUGUUGUAGUCGCGGUACUUUUCUCCUUGUUUGCUUUUUGUUCCAUUUUCUUUCUCUCAGUCUGCAACGAGUGGACAGGCAGGUUACUGUUGACCGCAUGGACUUUGCCGGUGGAGCUCUCCCGCUCCAAAGCAGGAUACUACGUUUGGACACCUGGGGUGCCAACUCCUAAGUACAGUGAUGCCUUUGAACUACUUUUGUAUCACAAACUGAUAUUUGCCUUCUUUGGUUUUUGCAGUUUGUUCUAGCUGCCAAAAUCGUUCUUUGUUCCUUUGUAUAGUGAGCUCCGUCGGUGUGUAACACGCAACAACACAAAAACAACACAGGAUUCAGCUAAAAAUGUUUUCGGGCGCAUUCAGGAGGAGGGAAGAGAGGCCUUUCAAUUGCAUUUGCCCCCCCCGGCCCCCCAUCCUCUCUGUGACUAUAAAAAGAGAUGCUUUCUCUCUCUCUCUCUGUAUCCCUGAGGAUAUCCUAGUGUCAUCAGACUUUGAGAUCUUUACAGUAUUUAUAUUUUAGCGGAGGACGGAGCUAAAUGAACUCUCACAAUCUGCCCAGCUGCUCUGAACACUGGAAGUGGGACAGACAUCCUUGUGUUCAAAUUGAGUCGUAUGAAAAGAAGACUUAACCGAUUUUGAAAUCUCCUGUGCCCAACCUUGAUUGUAGCCCAUGGAGCACAAAUUAGAACGUUGUGCUCUGGUCUUGUACUUUUUUGACUUUUGAUUAUGGGGCUAGGAUAGAAGGGAUCGUCACUCAUGUCUUGCUAUGUGAAACUCUGUAUAGGGUUUACUAUUAUCAUUUUUAAUAACCUGUUGUUAUGUGACAAUCCCUUUAAUGUUUUGUUUCAAGAGGAAAAAAAACAAAUAAACAUUGGUGUUCAACUGAA